AGAUAGAUAUCCACUAACUCCAAACAAAGUUCUUUACCACGAGAUUCCUCACAAAGACACUCCACAAACCUCAAUUAUUACCCCCCAAAGAAAAAUCCCUGCCCCUUCCUACUCCUACCUCGUCCUCCUUUAUAAAAGAAACUGCAAACGGGUUUCGGUGCACCAUACAUGAGCUGCGACCUAAAGCAAGAACAGGUUGCAAACCUAGAACAAAAGCCAAAAACACUUGCAUGGUAGGAGAUGGAGCAGGCAGAUGAGGCAUCAGUGAACAAGGAGAGCUCAGAGCAGCUUACCAGUGAGCAAGAUGAUGGCACGACAUGGCUGAGCCUCACGCUUGGCGCCAACGGAUCACCGGAAGCGGCAGUAAGCUGCUCCGGGUCUGAGCCCAAGCCUUCUGCUCCACACAAGGUGUUCUCCUGUAACUUCUGCAUGAGGAAGUUCUUCAGCUCGCAGGCGCUGGGUGGGCACCAGAACGCCCACAAGCGGGAGCGCAGCGCCGCGAAGCGCUCCUACCUUGCUCAGAGGAUGAUCAUGGGGCUGCCACUCGAGGCGCACGCCGCCUUUAUGCACUCCCUGAGAGUCAACCCGAGCUCGGUGAUUCAGAAGACAAGCCAGCAAGCGCAGAUCAGGACGGGAGCAAGAUUCCAUGAAGGUGGCAUGACUUGGGGGGCGAUUUCCUUCGAGGAGGUACCGAAUUCGGCAUGGCCUGGGAGUUUCAGGUUAAGAACGCAACCUUCAGAGAAACCAUUAGAACAAAGUAAGAUAGACUUGAACCUCAGGCUUUGAUAGGUUGGUGUACCUAAUUUGACCAGUGCAUAAGCUCCUCAAGUUUAUCUGCUGAAUAAAUUGGUUUGAAGAUGUGAUAAGGUUCCAGCUCAUCAUCAGAUAAAAAAUCAUAUGGUGGUACUGAAUUUUGAAGAUACUAUUGUUCUUUGUGAAUUCAUAGUUGAAUUAUUUGAUGGUAUUGCAAUGAAAUGCUCCUGUAGCUAGAAACUUUAUUUAGUCCGGUUGACAUCAGUUUAAAGAACCCAUGUUCGGCACUUCCUAUUAACAGCAUGUAUCAUAUCCUCAUCAAUUUUAUGCCAUGUCACUUUUUGUUUCCAUUA